CAAGAUAAAGAGGAAGUUGUUUUAUGGAUGAAUACAGUCGGACCCUACCACAACCGCCAAGAAACGUACAAAUACUUCUCUCUCCCUUUCUGCGUGGGAUCAAAAAAAAGCAUCAGUCAUUACCAUGAAACCCUGGGAGAAGCACUUCAAGGAGUCGAAUUGGAAUUCAGUGGUCUUGACAUCAAAUUUAAAGACGAUGUGAUGCAGACGACUUACUGUGAAAUCGACUUGGACAAAGGAAGAAGAGAUGCCUUUGUGUAUGCUAUCAAAAACCACUAUUGGUACCAGAUGUACAUUGAUGACUUGCCGAUAUGGGGUAUAGUUGGAGAAGCAGAUGAAAAUGGAGAGGAUUAUUACCUUUGGACUUACAAAAAACUUGAAAUUGGUUACAACGGAAACAGAAUUGUAGAUGUCAAUCUGACCAGUGAAGGAAAGGUGAAAUUGGUACCAAACACAAAAAUCCAGAUGUCAUAUUCAGUGAAAUGGAAGAAAUCAGAUGUGAAGUUUGAAGACCGCUUCGACAAGUAUCUUGACCCAUCUUUCUUUCAGCACAGAAUUCACUGGUUUUCAAUUUUCAAUUCUUUUAUGAUGGUGAUCUUUCUGGUUGGCCUAGUGUCUAUGAUAUUAAUGAGAACUUUGCGAAAAGAUUAUGCAAGAUACAGCAAGGAGGAAGAAAUGGAUGAUAUGGACAGAGAUCUAGGCGAUGAGUACGGGUGGAAGCAGGUCCACGGAGAUGUGUUUAGACCAUCCAGUCAUCCUCUAAUAUUUUCAUCGCUUAUUGGUUCUGGUUGUCAAAUUUUUGCUGUGUCUCUGAUAGUCAUUGUUGUUGCAAUGAUAGAAGAUUUAUACACAGAGAGAGGAUCAAUGCUUAGUACAGCUAUAUUUGUUUAUGCUGCAACGUCGCCAGUGAAUGGAUAUUUUGGAGGAAGUCUUUAUGCUAGACAAGGAGGAAGGCGAUGGAUAAAGCAGAUGUUCAUUGGAGCCUUCCUUAUUCCAGCGAUGGUGUGUGGAACUGCCUUCUUCAUUAACUUCAUUGCCAUCUAUUACCACGCUUCAAGAGCUAUACCUUUUGGAACCAUGGUGGCAGUGUGCUGUAUUUGUUUCUUUGUCAUUCUUCCAUUGAACCUCGUUGGUACCAUUCUUGGCCGAAAUCUGUCAGGACAGCCGAAUUUUCCAUGUCGUGUCAAUGCAGUGCCUCGUCCCAUACCAGAGAAAAAAUGGUUCAUGGAGCCAGCUGUUAUUGUUUGCCUAGGUGGAAUCCUCCCUUUUGGAUCAAUUUUUAUUGAAAUGUAUUUCAUUUUUACUUCAUUCUGGGCUUACAAGAUCUACUAUGUUUAUGGCUUUAUGAUGUUGGUUCUGGUUAUCCUCUGCAUUGUGACAGUUUGUGUGACUAUCGUUUGUACGUAUUUCCUGCUAAACGCAGAGGAUUACAGGUGGCAAUGGACAAGCUUUCUUUCUGCGGCGUCAACUGCGAUUUAUGUUUACAUGUACUCCUUUUACUACUACUUUUUCAAGACAAAGAUGUAUGGCUUGUUUCAAACAUCAUUUUACUUUGGUUAUAUGGCAGUAUUUAGCACAGCUUUGGGAAUAAUGUGUGGAGCUAUUGGUUACAUGGGAACAAGUGCCUUUGUUCGUAAAAUCUACACGAAUGUGAAAAUUGACUAAGGAAAUAAGAAAACUGAACUCUGGAUCACCUCCUGUUUUCAUGGGGAUGAACUUGCACAACAAAAAGCGCGAGAAGAGAUUUGGGUUUUAACACUGGGCACUGUAUGGGUCUCCAUUUUGUGGAUGGCUUAAAGUAACAUCUAUUUCAUUGAUCCUAGGUUCUUACUGACUGCUUUCUCCAACUGUUCACAGCAAAUGCUUGGAUUAUAUGCAGUAGGCAUUACUAGAGUACGUGGCUAAUCUUCCCCCCCUCCAAAAAAAAAAACCAACAAAAACAAAAAGCCUAGCUCAUUAAAGAUGAAUAGACUAGCUCUCUUCAGUGAAGAGGACAAACGGUUUAUUUAAAGCAUUUGUUCCAUUCAGUAAAAAGAGGGAAACUUGGCUGCUAAAACUGCUUGAUUAGUAGUCUUCCUGGUACUCAACAUUUCAGAAUUAUGUAAAAAUGCCGUUCCAGAAAGAUUACUCUUCUGAUUUUUACUGCCAUUGCCAGGAGAGGAGGUGUGUUUUAUAUUUUGACUCCAGGUGCUUUUUGGUUUAUUUGCGAUAUCAACUAUACCCUACACUCAUUUGUUUAAAAAAUAAUUUUAAAAUAGAUAAAAACCCCGUAUGCAUGUAAUAUAUCAGCUGUUGUUCUAGUUGGACCAACUUCCCUUUAUUUAUCUUUAAAGUAAUAUCCAGCUACAUCUUAAAUCCAUCCAAAGAAAAUACAGGCUGAAGACGGGAUGUGUUCUCUGCAAUGCAAUUUACUGUACAGUUAGAAAGCGAAAUGUUAAAUGAGGAGGAUUGUUUGUUUUUUAAUAAACAAUUUGAGGUCUAGAUUAAAACAAAACCAACGUUUUAACUGAAUGUCUAAAGUGAUUCUCCUUUUUCCCAAAGUGCUUUUUUUUUUUUUUUUUUUUUUUGUGGUUUGGGUUUGAAUGAAGAUUUUCCUUUAGAUAAUAUACGAGGGGUAAUAAGUGUAUAUAACAUUAAAUAAUGUAACUUAGGUGUAGAUCCCAAAUGUAUUUGGAUGUACAGAUUUACUACAGAGUACUUUUCUGAUGAUCCGGUGUAAAAAUGUGUGAACUUGGGUGGCUUUUUACAUCUUGCCUGCCAUUGCAUGAAAAGGUGGGGUUUCUUCACAGUGUGUGUAUGUCAUGCUUUUCUCUUCUCUUUCCUUUCUCAAGCUCUCACAGGAAUUAAAUUUGUAAUUUAGAACAUUUAAAUUUUUGUUAAUCCUAUCUGGACACUUGUGUAACAUCCAAAGCACAGUUGCUUUAGAGUGUUCAGAAAAUGAAAAUAAACUUUUCAGACAAAAAA